CAAUCUAACACGCAGUAGAAGAGGUGUGCGUGGAGUUUGACCUGCACUGAGUGAAGAAGUUUCACCAGAAAAACAAGUAUUCUAGGCACUUACAGAUGUUAUUUAUGACAAAACACUGUUUGGAACAGGCACUCCACGAUUACACCAUUCAGUCCAGCUGAUGGUAAGACUAUAAUCAUUCUAACAUUGUGGUCUUUGAUUAUCAUUGUGUAUCUUUAUAUAGCAUAAAAGGAAAAGUUUGAGUUAUAAAAAUGCAAGCAUUAUUGCACACUUUUCAUUUACUUUUCAUUUCUAUAUGAAGCAAGUCAACAUGGCCCCGUCUCCAUCGCCUCCUCCGCUGAAGACAUCACUUGUUCCUUUAGAUAUAGUGGUCCUAGUUGUCUACUUUUUGCUUGUGUUGGCUGUUGGAUUCUGGUCAAUGUGGAGAACAAAACGCAACACAGUGGAUGGAUACUUUUUGGCCGGGAAGAGCAUGACCUGGUGGCCGGUGGGUGCUUCUCUCUUUGCCAGUAACAUUGGCAGUGGUCACUUUAUUGGUCUGGCAGGGUCAGGGGCUGCUGCAGGAAUUGGUGCCAUUGCAUAUGAAUGGAAUGGCAUGUUCAUGAUUUUGCUGCUGGGAUGGAUCUUUCUGCCUAUUUAUCUUGCUUCUGGGGUUACCACUAUGCCUGAGUAUUUACAAAAACGCUUUGGCGGCAGAAGAACGCAGUUACUGAUAGCUGUCUUAUACUUAUUUAUUUACAUCUUCACAAAGAUCUCAGUGGAUAUGUAUGCUGGUGCUUUGUUCAUUCAGCUCGCAUUGCAGUGGAAUAUUUAUCUUGCUGUUGUGCUGCUUCUUUCAAUAACAGCUGUAUACACAGUAGCAGGUGGCUUGGCUGCAGUUAUCUACACAGAUGCAGCUCAGACUAUGAUCAUGUUAGCAGGAGCACUGACACUCAUGGGCUUCAGUUUUGCAGAAGUUGGAGGCUGGAAUGCGCUCAUGGGGGGUUAUGCUGAUGCCAUCCCCUCUGUGCGUGUGCCCAACACAACCUGUGGCAUCCCUCGAGAGGAUGCCUUUCAUUUGUUCAGAGACCCAGUGACCUCUGACCUCCCCUGGCCUGGGGUACUCAUUGGCAUGUCCAUACCCUCUAUGUGGUACUGGUGCUCCGAUCAGGUGAUUGUGCAGCGCUCACUUGCAGCUAAGACUUUGACCCAUGCAAAAGGAGGCUCCCUUUUGGCUGUGUACCUCAAAGUCAUACCUUUCUUUGCUGUGAUGUUACCAGGAAUGAUCAGCAGAAUCUUAUAUACGGAUGACGUGGCUUGCGCAGACCCUGAUUUAUGUAAAGAGAUUUGUGGAAACCCAGUUGGUUGCACAGACACUGCUUACGCCAGGCUGGUCAUGGAGCUGCUGCCUGCAGGUCUGCGUGGUCUGAUGAUGGCUGUUAUGAUUGCUGCUCUCAUGUCCUCCCUCACAUCCAUCUUCAACAGUGCCAGCACCAUUUUCACCAUGGAUCUGUGGAAGACUUUUAGGUCCAGGGCAUCUGAGUGGGAGCUCAUGAUUGUUGGCAGAGUCUUUGUGCUGGUUCUUGUGGGGGUGUCUGUGUUGUGGAUACCUGUGGUCCAAGCCAGUCAGGGGGGGCAACUGUUUAUUUACAUUCAGUCUAUCAGCACCUACCUACAGCCCCCCGUUUCCAUAGUAUUCAUCAUGGGCUGUUUUUGGAAGAGAACCAAUGAAAAGGGUGCAUUUUGGGGGCUGGCUCUGGGUCUACUGAUUGGCUGUAUACGGAUGUUGUUGGAUUUCAUCUAUCCCCAACCACAGUGUUAUCAAACUGACGACAGGCCUGGAGUGUUGAAACAUGUGCAUUAUCUGUACUUCUCCAUGUUACUGUCUGCCAUCACGCUGAUUGUGGUGGUCACCGUGAGUCUGGUGACAGAGGAACCAAGACCAGAACAGAUUUCCCGUCUCACCUGGUUUACAAAGUCGGACCCUGUGGUGUUCACAGUGGAGCAAAGCAUCAAUGGAGUAUCCUUACAACGCAGGGGUAAGCCCUCCACAUCGUCUUCAGUUCGCGUGCAUCAAUCAAAGCUCGUGUCUGCCCUCUACUGGCUAUGUGGGAUGGAGAGACGACAGGAGGACAGUAAACCUCCUCCUCCUGUACAACCAGAUGUUUGUUCACUGGAGGAAAAGCCACAUCUCAAAAAGCUUGUUAAUGUUAACCUCAUCAUUUGUUUAACUGUAACGGUUUUUAUCAUUGGCUACUGGGCAUGAUUAAAGGAAGUACGAACAGUAAGAACAGUAUACACAUGUAACUUAUUAUAUUUGUCAUAUACAAUUUAUACAUGUAUUUUUUACUAAAUCAAACUGAAACAUA